AUGCCGGUGGCGCCCUAUGGGGUGCUUCACCUCUUCAUCGACCGCGCCAGCGGGCUGCCGGCCGCGGAUGUGACGGGGUUCUCGGACCCCUACGUGACGGCGCAAGUCGACGACAAGGACCUAGACCUCCGCACCAGCACUCAAAGCACCACCCUGGCGCCGCGCUGGGGCGAGGACUUCUGCUUGAGCAUCUACCGGCCGGAGUCCGUGCUGACACUCUUGGUGCAUGACGAGGACUUCGGGAACGAGGCCUCGCUGGGUUUCGCGGGGUCGCUGGUGGGGUUGAGCGACGACCUGCUGGGCUACGUGGACAUCGCCGUCGCGCGGCUGCCGCUGAACACCCGGCUCUCGGGAUGGUUCGACCUCUAUGAGGUCUCCAAGCCAGUGAACAGCUACACCAGCCGUGCGGCCAAGAUGCAGAGCGGGGAGAAGCCGCGCAAGGUGGGCCGCAUCCGGCUGCAGCUCACGCUGCGCGCGCAGCCGCAGCACGAGCUCUUCGCCUUCUGCCUGGGGCCCCCGAGCUUCGGGGAGCCCCUGCAGCCCCUAGACCUUGCCAGCCUCUUGCGCAACAUCACGGUCAUCGCGCACGAAGCGCAGCUCGCAGAGCGCUUCUGGAGCCCCUUGCUGGAGCACGCGGAGCGCGGGAGCAGCGCCAUCUGCGGCACCGGCAUCCUGCUGCUUUGGAGGCCGGAGUUCAUACUGCCGCUGCUGAUCCUGCUGGCGUGCGGCAUCCUGCUGAAUGCAUCCCCCGCUGAGGAGGAGGAGGGUGCGGCCGCGGCGGUGGAAUCAGACCCGGCGCUGCAGAACGUGUUCAAGGCGGCAGAGGCGCAUUUGCCUCAGCACCAGUACACGGAGAUGUGCGCCGUGCAGGGCAGUCUGAACUUGGCCGUGGAGGUGAUUCAGGGCUGGCGGGAGGUCUGGGCCUGGGCGGUGUGCCACAAGCAGAAGGUGAGUCUCUGCCUGGCCUUUGUGGCCGCAGUGCUCGUGUACCACAGCGAGUGGCAGGGCCUGGUGCUGCGCCUCGCGCUCACGGCGCUGCUGGCAGUCGCUGCGCUGCAGCACUCCUCGCUGUGGCGCAUCCUGCGGGGGGUGGCCAUCUACCGCCGGGGGAAGCUGCCGCUGAAGGACUGGGACGGUCUGCUGGGCUACGCCACAGAGCGGGUUCAGGACACGCGGAGCCUGACACCGGAGGAAGCGCAGUCACUGUCCAACAGCCCCGUUGGCGCGGACAACUCCGAAGGCUCGGCCAAGAAUCCGCCCUCCCUGCACGUCAUGGAGGAGAGCAGCUGGACGGAACCCAAGUGGUGCCAACACUGCGGCGGCUUUUUGUGGGGCGCCUGGAGGCAGGGCUGGCAAUGCCGAAGCUGCGGCGUGGUGCUGUGCCACGCCUGCGCGGCCGAGUCGGACCUGGACUACUGCGCCAAGAAGUCCCAGGCCCUGGGACCCCUGGGGCCCGACCGCGACACGAGAGGUGCGGUCUGCGAGCUUGACUUCGGUCUCAAGGACUCCAGCCUGCAUGUGCUGGUGCUGCCCAGCUCGGAGGCGGUGCUGGAGGCGGCGGCUGCGGCGAUAACAAAGGCGAAGGCGGCAGGGCAGAAGGUCUUUGUCUCCCUCUCGCUGCCACCGGAGAUCUUGGAUUCUCUGGACCAGAAGGAGGCGUCGGAUGCUCGCCGCGUGGAGCGGCACCUGGGGGGCUACGUGGACGCGGUGAAGGAGGCGCUGAAGGAGGUGGACUUGGUGUGGCUGCCCUACGCCGCCUUCAAGAAGCAGUUCUGGGCCGGCACGCAGAAAAUGCUGGAGAAGAAGAAGUGGGCCUAUGGGGUGCACGCGGAGGUGGGUCAAGCCUCGGUGGCCAAGAAGCUGCUGGACCGGUCCCCCAGGCCAACUGCCUGGCUCACCGCGGACGACCUGCUGCGCCCCGCCCACGAGGCCGCCGUGGCAGCAGCACUGGACUUGGGCGUCGCGUGCGUCUCCUUGCCGCGGAAGGCCCCCGGAAGCCUCGCGGAGCUCUACUUCCGCAGCGCCGGCUUCGAGGCGCCGUCUUCCGCCGCGGCAGUGCAGCACGCCUGGCACCGGGGCAUGGCCGCGGUGCUCCGGGGGAAACUCGUUGCGAGCGAGGUGACGGAAGCUUCGGUGCCUGCGAUGGUCAACUUGCUGACGGCAGCGGCCGUGGCGGCGGACCACGCGGAUCGUUUCCAGGGCGCAAAGGCUCCGCUGGAGGCGGCCCUGAAUUCCGGGCGCGCGCUCUUGGGCAAGGAUGCCACAGCCACCACAAAGGAGGCGGAUGCCAUCUUCCCCGGUGUCACAGCCACCACCCUCUCAGGCCUGGCUGAGCAAGCCAAGGUCUUCAAGGGGAACAACCACAUCAUCUAUGCGGAGGACUUCUUCAACAAGGCCACCUUUGCAGCCAUCAAGGAGGAGACCGAGCGUUUGUGGAGGUCCAAGGACAUCGAGGCCAAUUGCAACCUGGACGGCACCAACCGCUUGGGAGGCUACAUCCUGGACCUUGUCCCUGCGAAUUCCAGCCUCUACCGCCUUGUGUAUGGUAACGAUCCUUUUCGGCAGUGGGUGUCGGCAGUGAACGCAGAGGGUCCCAUGUGGCCAGCGGACUUCCCCAUUGAGCUGCGGGAGUAUGGGCGGGAGAGCAAAGGCAUGGGCUGCCACCCGGACCUCCAAAUGUACAAGGUGCCCCGGAAGGACCUGGAGUUUGCCUUCACGGUGGACAACGACUCCCGGUGCAAUGUGACCUUCUGGGAUUUGGCCGGGAAGCAGCACUUCGUCCAGACCAAGCCGAACUCUCUGAUGAUGGUCGGUGUGAAUGCGGCCACUCAUUGUGUCUCGUCCACGGACGGCGGCACACGGUCCAUUCUCAAGUUCAUCUACGUGGGUGACUACAGAAAAUCAAAUGAGUUUUGGUAUUACACGUCGAACGAAUGCGACGAUCAAAACCCCAAUCGGCAGAUGCUCGCUGAUCGGAGAGCUCAAAGAUCAGCCGAGGUACAUGCGUCAGAACUUUAAUAAUAUUCAAAACAGAAACUUAGCCAAUUCAAGGAAUUCUCAGCGGUGAUGAACA